GGGCGGCAAACUCGCGGAGGAGCGGGCGGCGGUGUCUCAACCGGUCGCCGCCACCAGUCCACUAGCAGGCCAACCGCCGCCACCUUCGGCCACUAGCAAGCCAUGAGCAAGGAAGCUAAGAAGACCGGGCCGGAGGCGCAGACCAGGACCACCAUGCUGGGUUCUGCCGUUGUUCAGUUUAGAGUAGACUUCGAGCAAGCCAAGAAGCUUCCCAUCAGCAAGGCCGUCCACUCCGACGUCCUCUCCGUCGGGGGACACAACUGGAGGAUUGAGUGCUACCUGCGUGGGUCAAAUAAGGCAGACAAGGGCGAGUAUCUUUCCAUCUUCGUCAGGCACAUGAGCAAAACUAGAAGAAUCAAGGCCAUCUUUGAGGCUGCCCUGAUGGACAAGGAUGGCAAUCCAUGUGAGAUAGCCUCAAAAAGGUCAUGUAUCCAUGAAUUUACAAUGAACAACCAUGAUGACAACAAUGGUUAUGAUGUCGAUUGGGGAUGGAGUAAGUUUAUCAAGGUAACUACCCUAGAGACUGACUACGUAAUAGAGGGACACAUUACAUUUUUGUGCGGCAUCGUGGUCAUACAUGACAGCCCUAUUCCCGUGCCGCCUUCGGACAUCGGGAUCCAUCUUGGCCGCUUGCUAGAUCACAUGGAUGGGACGGAUGUGUCAUUCACCAUCGAUGGCGAGACAUUUCGCGCACACCGUGCAGUGCUUGCUGCCCGCUCACCGGUCUUCAGAGCCGAGCUCUUCGGUUCCAUGGCGGAGGCUACGAUGACAUCCAUCACGCUGCACGAAAUCACGGCUACAACAUUCAAAGCUAUGCUUCGGUUCAUAUACAUGGAUGUGCUGCCCGAAGAAGAGCUUGGGGACUCUUCCACUGAGAUGCUAAAGGAUCUACUUGCUGCGGCCGAUCAAUAUGCACUAGACAGGUUGAAGCUCAUGUGUGCCCAAAAGUUGUGGGAUAAGGUGUCAACAGAUACAGUUGCUACUACCUUAGCUUGCGCAGAAACAUACAACUGUCCCGAGUUGAAGAGCAAGUGCAUUGACUUCUUGGCAGUGGAUGAAAAUUUCAAAAAGGCAGCGUUCACUGAUGGUUAUGCAUUGCUGGUUCUGAAAUUCCCAUCAAUUACUGCUGAGCUGAGAAAGAGGUUUAUGGCAUAAUACAAUGUGAUACAUCUACAUUGUAGAGUCCAGGUGGUGAGUGACAUCUGCUAUCUUUUCAAACGUUAGGCAACCCAGAUGCAAAGUUAGUAUUGUGUCCUGUCCUGGAGCUUCUAAGAUAUAUACUUUUUCUAUGCUGAUGCAUAACUAUCUAGCUGUCUGUAGUCUUAGCUCCAUAAGUACUAUAUAUAUGUCUUAUAUGCAAGCAUGUUGGAGGCUUGGA